UAAAUCCGCAACGCAGCUUUACAAUCGGCCAUUUCGUCUGUGCAGGCCGUCAGCUAAAGAGGGCACUGGGGAUAUAGAUCUAUUACUGGUUAUCUGAAAGGCACAUCUGAAACAACGCAACAUGAAUGACACAGUUGUAUCUUUCGCCAAGGAUUUCUUGGCCGGCGGUAUCUCUGCUGCCAUCUCUAAAACAGCUGUGGCCCCAAUCGAAAGAGUGAAGCUACUCCUUCAGGUCCAGCAUGCCAGUAAGCAGAUCACCGCAGACAUGCAGUACAAGGGUAUCAUGGACUGCGUCGUCCGUAUCCCCAAAGAGCAAGGUGUGCUGUCCUUCUGGAGAGGUAACCUUGCCAAUGUCAUCAGGUACUUCCCCACCCAGGCCCUCAACUUCGCCUUCAAGGACAAGUACAAGAAGAUCUUCCUUGAUGGCGUUGACAAGCGUACCCAGUUCUGGCGGUACUUCGCCGGUAACCUGGCAUCCGGUGGAGCCGCUGGAGCCACUUCCCUGUGCUUCGUGUACCCUCUCGACUUUGCUCGUACCCGUCUCGCCGCUGACGUGGGAAAAGCUGGAGCAGGGAGAGAAUUCAGUGGUCUGGGCAACUGCUUGGCUAAGAUCUUCAAGUCUGAUGGUCUGAAGGGUCUGUACCAGGGCUUCAACGUCUCUGUGCAGGGUAUCAUCAUCUACAGGGCCGCAUACUUCGGCAUCUACGACACAGCUAAGGGUAUGCUUCCCGACUCCAAGAACACCCACAUUUUGGUGAGCUGGAUGAUUGCACAGAGUGUGACAGCCGUUGCUGGUCUGACUUCAUAUCCCUUCGAUACUGUACGUAGACGCAUGAUGAUGCAGUCUGGACGCAAAGGAGCUGACAUCAUGUACAGUGGGACCAUCGACUGCUGGCGUAAGAUCGCACGUGACGAGGGCGGCAAGGCUUUCUUCAAGGGAGCCUGGUCCAACGUGCUCAGAGGCAUGGGUGGCGCCUUCGUGCUGGUGUUGUACGAUGAGCUGAAGAAAGUCCUCUAAGUCUUGUCAGUCGCGUCACUGUUCAAUUUGGCUAAAUGUUAAUAACUUUCCACUUCUAUGGACUCAGCAUUCUGCCUUAUUUAUGGGAACAAUUGAUAGUGUUUCGCCACCAGUUGUGGGCCGUUGGCUGUAUGUUGUGCAUCUUUUAUUAUUUUAAAACGUUCCACAUCCACCUUACAAUGUCAUUCCUGUAAACAUCAAGAACUGAUUACCUCCUUGUCAUCACUAGAUUUGUAUGGUCCCAACUUGAAUAAAUUCUGGGGAACAAACUAAACAGUUUGUCAACUCUGUCCUCUGUCGCUGCCACCAUUAGUUCAAUGCAUGAUGGGGGAUUAUUCCUCACUGCUAUAUUUACACAUGCUUAUCCUGAGCCUUUGUAGUCUGACCACAGAUACUGUACAGCUGCACGACACCCGAGUGUGAGCAGCUUCUGAAAACCACUCGACAAAUUCGACAGUGAAGGGAAUUCCACACUUGUCUAGCUGAGGUCUCUCGUACGGUUGACGUAUCUCAUUACCGGCAGGUAACGUCGCCCGCCAAUGUCCAUACAUGUACAAUACAAGACGAUACUUAUCUUAAUAAAUACCUGAUUAAACCAA